GAAAAAAGAAUAGUCUCUGUACGCAGAGUGUCAAAAUGGGCUCUAUUCUAGCGCGCGCAUAAUCCAAUUCUUUAUCCCUACCUCCAGCAAACCCUAACCUUGUUGCGGCGCAUUCAUGGAUAUGGCCAACUCAGCUACUCAUCAUCAAUCGGACUCAAAACGCAAGAAAGUUGAACUCUCUCAAGACACAGUGGUUUCCAUCGACAGAAUCAGCAAUCUAUCAGACUCUCUUAUCUGCCACAUCCUUUCUUUUUUAUCAACCGAAGAGGCCGGCGUCACAAGCAUUUUGUCGAACAGGUGGAAGCUCCUCUGGACUCUCGUCCCAAAAAUCAACCUCAACGAUAACCGCAGUGAAGAAAACCCCUUAAGCUUAACACAUGUUGUGUACAGAGUUUUGGCUCUGCACAGAGCACCGUUGCUCCGAAAUUUUAGCCUCACAUCAUUUUCUCCCUGUGACCCAUUCCAUCUCGACACAUGGAUCCACACCGUCAUAGGCCGUAAAGUCCAACAUCUCUAUCUCCAGUUUUCCCAUUCUAAGAAACUUGUGAAGUUGCCCCGUACGGUCUUCACUUGCAAAACAAUUGUGAUUCUCGAAUUAAGAGCCGACAUUGUGCUAGAUACUCCUUCUAACUUUCAGUUUCCGAGCCUCAAGAUUCUGUGUCUGGGCGGAAUUGUUUAUAAAUCCGAAGACUCUUUCUCGAAUCUCUUCUCUGGCUGCCCAGUACUCGAAGAUUUGACGGUGGAAUUAAGAGAAGAUUUGGACGGUGCAUCCAGUUUUAAAAUAAUCGUACCCACUCUUAAACGUUUAGAAAUCGAGUUUGGAUCAGUUUACCCCAAACCCUAUGAUUACAAAUUUGAGAUAUACAGCCCGGCACUUGAAAACUUUCGAUUUUAUGGUGAUUUGGGCAACCUCGUUUUCAUUGAAAAGUUAGCUAAAUUAGUUGAUGCACAUGUCUCUAUUUACGCUGGGCAUUGGGUUCUUGAAAAUGGAUUACAUUAUGGAGCUAGGAUAUUCAAGCUUGUUAGAGAACUAAAUUGCUCUAAAUUCCUUUCAAUAAGUCCUGGCCAAAAAGAGUGCCUCUGUUUUGAUUCUAUUUAUCCUUCCAUGUACCAAAAUUUGGUCCGAUUGGAGUUUGGAGUGAAUCUAUCUAACUGGCACGUGCUAAAAGCCUUGCUCCUAGUGGCUCCUAAUUUAAAAGUUCUUGUUCUUGAUAAGAAUGAUGAUGAUGAAGAGGAGAAUCGGUUAUGCUGCAUUGGGCCACCAGAUGGUUCUGGUUGCCUGUCAUUGCUUACAGCUUUUAAUUUUAAUGGAUUUGAAGAAUUAGAACAUGAGGUUGAAUUUGUAAAAUAUGUUCUUAAUGAGGCAAGACUCUUGAAUGCAAUGACAAUCAAAAUUAAUGAUAAGCAUUUGAAGGAAAGUCUUCUCCAGAGGCUAUCAAUUUUCCCAAGGCAGUCAACAAAAUGUCUAAUUACUGUUGAAUAAGAUAACUCUUUGGUGUAAUGGACGCUACUUCAUUUGACAUGGCAUCUUCAUUACUUGUCAUGACCGUGUGCCUGGUUUUGCUUACCUUUUGAAUUGUAUAUAAGGUACAUAUGCAGGAACUAGAGUAUGUUAUGUGCUCCAUAGAGGUUUAAUAUAGUAAGAUGCAUGUCUUGGUGUAGAUGAUAUGUUAAGGUCUCAAACUUAUAUUUUUUUGGGAGCUUCUAUCUUAUUACUGGUUGUAUUUAUUAAAUA